UGUGUAUGGUGCCACAACGUAUGGCUCUUGAGCCGGCACCCUGAUAUAAUACUAGGCUGAUGUCUCUGCUGGCUCCCGUGCCAAAAUCUUCUGGAUUCUGAUAUGCUUCAAUCAUCAUGCUGUUAAAGAAUUUCCUCUACGCCAUCCUCGUAGGAUUGGCAUCUAUUGCGCAAGCGCAACACGAAGAAACCACUACCGCGGAUGUUAAUAUUACCAGUAACUCCGCAGUCGUCGCCGCGGAUACAUUCACUAACCCUAUUAUAUGGGAGGACUUAGCAGACCUGGAUGUUUUCCGUGUAGGAGAUGCCUGGUACUACACUUCUUCGACAAUGCACUACAGCCCGGGUGCUCCAAUCUUACGGUCAUAUGACCUGGUUAACUGGGAAUACAUAGGCCACGCAGUACCUUCAUUAAGCUGGUCCUCUAACUACAACUUGGCGGGAUCUUCUAGAGCCUACGUCAAGGGUAUCUGGGCUUCUACUAUGCGCUAUCGGAAAAGCAACGGAAAAUGGUAUUGGAUUGGCUGCAUUGAAUUUUCGAAAACCUAUAUAUACAGUGCCUCAUCCGUUACUGGACCUUGGUCUUUAACUGCUACAUUGAAUACAUGUUUGUACGAUUGUGGCUUACUAGUUGACGACGAUGACACCUUGUAUGUUGCCUAUGGAAAUACACAGCUGUCUGUGGCCCAGCUCUCCUCGGAUGCCACAAGAAUUGUCAAAACGCAGCAAAUCUACUCAUCUCCGAGCAAUAUUGGCACUCUUGAAGGUAGCCGAAUGUACAAGAAGGACGCCCAAUACUACAUUUUUGUGACUCGUCCUGCCAACCAAGAAUACGUUCUGAAAGCUUCCAGUCCAUUUGGGUCUUACAGUAUCAAGAUCCUUGCUAACUCGCUCGCGGCACCAGUAUCAGGGGCUGGUAACCCACACCAGGGUGGUUUAGUUGACACGCCCGACGGAAAAUGGUACUACGCAGCGUUCAUUGACGCAUACCCAGGAGGCCGUGUGCCGGUUCUAGCCCCCCUGACCUGGGGAUCCGAUGGGUUCCCAACCGUCACCCUCAGCAACGGGGCAUGGGGCAAGACUUAUCCGAUGCCAGCGGCUGCCCAUCCUUUGGGUUCCAUGACCGGGACGGAUUCCUUCAGCGGGACGACAUUGGGUGUAGCUUGGGAAUGGAACCAUAAUCCCGAUACAACUAAGUUUACCGUCAACAAUGGUCUCACACUGUCAACUGCUACUGUCACAUCUGACUUAUACCAAGCACGCAAUACCUUGACCCACCGCAUCCACGGCCCAACUUCGACUGCAACGAUCAUCAUGGACACCACCAACAUGGCUGUGGGGGAUCGUGCUGGCCUCGCACUAUUCCGUGAUAAAUCUGCUUGGAUUGGUGUUGUAAACAACGGAGGCAGCCUUUCGGUAGUAAUGACGAAUGGAGUAAACAUGAAUACUGACUGGACAACACAAAGUACUGGAUCAACCGCAGCUAGUAGAGGAAUUUCUAAGGGAAAGAUAUACCUGCGAGGAACUGUCAACAUAAAUCCCGGAACUGGCCGAACGGGUUCAUUCAGCUACAGCCUGGAUGGUAACACAUUCACGUCAUUUGGUUCGUCUCUCACUCUCACCAAUGACUGGCGCUACUUUAUGGGUUAUCGAUGGGGCAUAUUCAACUAUGCCACCUCUGCUUUAGGCGGCUCUGUCCGCAUUGACUCUUUCACUCAGGCUUAGCUAUUUGGCCGCUACGGGGUGUGUCUUUGCGUUGACAUUCAUACCGAGUUAUGAAAAGGGUUAUAGUAACUAUUGUCAGGAGGCCUACAUGUGGCCUAAUGGUAUAAAGAGUAUAAAUCUCUAAAAAAAAACUGAAGACUAUUACUUAUAAGUUAGAAAUUCUUUGUAAAGCCCUUAAAACUGUUUGGAUCAAUGUUCAUGAUUUACUUCAAAGUAAUGAAGUGCUAAACUAUAUAUGCC